AUGACUACUCUCACCCCCGGCGCCUCCUUCCCCUCAGGCGUGACCUUCAGCUACAUCCCGCCAACGGGCACGCUCGACCUGACCGUCUGCGGCCGGCCCAUCACGUACGACGCCAGCAAGGAAUUCCAAACGGGCAAGACGGUGCUGGUGGCCGUGCCGGGGGCCUUCACGCCGACGUGCCAGGAGCAGCACGUCACGUCGUACCUGGCGAACCUGGCGCAGCUCCGUGCCAAGGGGGUCGACCGGAUCGUCUUCAUCGCGUCCAACGACGCGUUCGUCAUGUCGGCGUGGGGCAAGGCGAACGGGGUCAAGGACGAGAGCAUCCUCUUCAUGUCGGACCCCAACGCCGAGUUCAGCCGCAGCAUUGGGUGGGCCAACGGCGACAGGACGGGACGGUACGCCGUUGUGCUCGACAACGGCAAGGUUGUCUACGCGGGGGUGGAUACUGUCCGAGGGAGCAUCGAGUUCUCCGGCGCGCAGGCGGUGCUGGCGAAGCUUUGA